CAGAGGACAGCUCUUCGCUAACGGCUGCUUUGCUGUCCUCUGUUUUAAGCCUGAAUGUCGCUCCGGGGUUCCGGGACCAGAUGUUCGAGCUGCACCGGCUCCAGACGGCCCUGCUGAGGCGGAGGAGGGUACGGGAGAUGAUGGAGCGGGACCGGCGGCGGCGGCUGUACCUGCGGCGGAGGAGGGCGUUCCUGCUGUCCUCCAUCGCCGCUAUUCUGAGUCUCAUCACAUCCACCAACAGACCUAUCUGGGUCCGGAACCGAAGCCCCGGACAGAACUUCUGGUCCUUGGCGGAGUCGUUCGACGAUGAGGAGUGGAAAGCGCAGUUUCGCGUGUCGCGAGCGACGUUCGACUACCUGGUCGAACAGAUCGGACCGGCGAUCAAACGCCGCAGGACGAACUACCGGCUCCCCAUCGAGCCGCGCCGCAGACUCGCCAUCACUCUGUGGUGGUUCGCCAGGUCCGGAGAGUACCGAUCCAUCGCCAACAUGUUCGGAGUGGGAAUCGCCACCGUUUGCAUGAUCGUGCGUCAGGUCACCUCCGCCAUAGUGGACCGGCUGUACCGGCGCUUCGUGUCGCUCCCCAGCGGACAGCGGCUGGACGACACCGUGAGAGCCUUCAAGGACCGCUGCUACCCGCAGUGUGCGGGGGCCAUCGGCGGGACUCACAUCCCCAUCGCUCCUCCGAGAGACAACCCGGAGCACUACCUGAACAGAAGAGGCUGGCACUCGGUCAUCCUGCAGGCGGUGGUCGACCACAACGUCUGCUUCACUGAUGUGUACGCCGGUUGGCCUGGAAGCACCAGCAGUGCCUCCGUGCUCUCCAGCUCAGACCUGUACCUGAAAGCAGAGGACCGGCCGGAUGGUUACCUGUUUCCCAGAGAGAAAUCGGUCGUGUAUGAGGGAGUGGAAGUGCCCGUCCAUCUCAUCGGUGAUGUGUCGUUCCCUCUGAAGCCGUGGCUGAUGAAAGGAUACAGCCAGGGGCACCUGCUCUCUCCCGAGCAGCGUCGCUUCACCUACACCCUCACCUCCGCCCGGUCCGUGGUCGACGCUGCUUUCACGCGGCUGAAGGGACGCUGGAGAUGCCUGCUGAAAAAGAGCGACAUCGACACCUCGAUGAUGCCCAGAGUCGUGGCCGCCUGCUGCGUUUUGCACAACAUCUGUGAAAAUCAGGGAGACAGUUUCCUUCCUGAGUGGAACAUUGAUAUGGCUCCUUGUGCAGGUUACCUGAGGCAGCCUGAUACAGAACCGUAUGAAGGAGACUCCUACUGCACCGCUGAGGUCAUCAGAGACACUAUUACUUACAACCUGUUGACUAUACUGCAGUACUGAACCCACAGACCUGAGCUGAGACAGGACUCAGCACUGGUCUCUGAACUGGAUGCUGUUGAUUAAUAGACAAAUGAUGAUGAAGAGGAGCAACCGAGUUCAGCUGAGUGUGUUCGCCUUCCCGAAGUCUCACAUCCUGAUAAGAACUGGUGUCUCGAAGCUGCUUCAGCCUUCCUAACAGCGGCCAUGUUGUUAAUUACAAACAUCAGACCAAUGACAGAAGCUCUUCAAACGAUCAUGUGAUCAGACGGAGACGCUCACAGGGGUCAGCAUUGGUUGCUUUUUUCAGUUUAGUCUUUAUUUUCAAUUCUCAUCACAAAGUCUCGUCACACUAUUCUGAGCUGCAGUGAUGGAGGAGGAGAGUAAACGCACUGCAGGAAUCAACAGAUUCUGCUGCUACAGCUCCAAUCGUCAUCAUGUCUUUGGUUUUUCUCCAUUUUAAAACCAGGCUGACACAUGAAAAUGCGGAACAGCAACAUUAAUCUGCUGACUCAGGGCUUUUGUCCCUGUCCGGAUCCUGUAGGAAAGGUGACUCAUCUGAUCGUGCAGCAGUCAGACUGUUGUCUCAGGUUGACUCUGGAGCAGGUUAGCUGUGCAGCAUCUGUUACCAUGGUGAUUGUGAUACCAGAGUUGAACCCAAAAGAGAGCUGUUUGUCUCACAGUAAUGGUGGAAUAAAGAGCUUUAAUGGAGACUUUAUGGAACACAACAUUUGAAGGUUUUUCUCAAAGAUGUUAUUUCAAAUGUGAAACACUGUGUCCAUAAACUCAUCAGAUCAGAACCAUCAAACAACUUCAUACAGUAGCAUCAGUAGUCUGCUUAAAAGAAGCAUAAUGCAAUACUACAUACUACAAUUUAUGUUGUUUAUUGUAUAUAAACGUGAUACAAACACAUAUUUAUAUGUGUGUGUAUAUAUAUGUAUGUAUAUAUUUGUGUCUGUGUGUGUGUAUAUAUAAAAGUUAUAUAUAUAUAAGUUAUAAAGUUUGACACAUUGUUGUAUAUUGAAGGCGUACAGCCUUUAGUUAAUAAUGACGUGUCAUUCUCUACAGGUGUUUCAGGUAUUGUUGCUGUUAGACCUGCUCAGGCUGGAGUAUGAGGAGAGAGAGCUGUCAAUCAACCCCAGACUGUGCAUGGCCCCACACUCCUGAGAAUGCCUAAUCAGGUGGAAUAAGUGAAAACACCUGUGCAGGUGACCACAGGCAUACAGAUUCUUUGAAGUGCCGAACACUUUGAUGUUCUAGGAUUCAGCUCAUUCUCAACCAGAUAAUGAAUAAUAAUAAUCCACUAAUGAUAUGUAUUUACUACACAGGCCCAGAAAAAUAACUUUUGCACUUUGAACAAGAUAAUUUUAACAUGCUCAAUUAACACAUUUUGUACAUGAAAGAUUAAAUUCAAAUGCUCUCUAACUUAAC